AUGCAUAAAUAUCGACGUCAGGCCAGGAAUCUGGCAUGGUAUGAUCUGGAUGGGGAGCCAUCGUCUCACAACCCUUUCAAAAAGUUUAAACGACAGAGCCAGCGCCGGACAGAUUCUUUUGAGCUUGAGCGCGGACUUGCUAAGAUCCGUAGCGAAGGGAAUGUGCCCUCCGAAGAACAGCAACGCCGGAAGAGGGAUAUGACGGAGGGCUUGACGGGCCCGGAGCAUUAUGAUACUUUCCCGCCGGAGUCAUCUGGGACCGACCACGUUACUCGAGUGGACAGCGCUGAUAAAGUGGGACCAGAGCCGUCAAUGCACAGCAAUGAACCCAUCAAUGUUUCAUCUCAGGCCGGGCCGGACGACCAUCAGGCGAGCGCCCCUCGAAAGAGAAGGGCUUUCAUGAGCGGAUUUGGAAAAAAUUCUACCGACGGGGAACCGGAUCCACUCUCCCCGAAAGACAUUCACGAAAAGCCGAAGUUUACCGCUAUGGGACAGCUGAAAGCGACACUCUUCAAUUCUUGGGUCAAUGUCCUUCUCAUUGCCGCUCCGGUUGGAAUUGCACUGAAUUAUGUCGAUGUGGAUCCAGUUGCUGUAUUCGUGGUCAACUUUGUUGCCAUCAUCCCUCUUGCAGCUAUGUUGGGUUAUGCGACAGAAGAGAUCGCCAUGCGUACUGGGGAGACAAUCGGUGGCCUGCUCAACGCAAGCUUUGGCAAUGCCGUUGAACUGAUUGUGGCUAUCAUUGCGCUGGUCGACAAUGAAGUCGUCAUUGUGCAAACUUCCCUUAUUGGAAGUAUGCUGUCGAACCUUCUUCUCGUCAUGGGAAUGUGUUUCUUCUUUGGAGGUGUCAAUCGUCUGGAGCAGCAUUUCAACCCGGUCGUCGCCCAAACAGCAGCCAGUCUUCUUGCGUUAGCAGUGGGAUGCCUGAUUAUCCCUACUGCCUUCCACAACUGGUCAGGCGCGGGUGACAGCGGUGUUGCACCACUCUCACGAGGCACCAGUAUCAUUAUGCUGGUGGUGUACGGAUGCUAUCUUUUCUUCCAGUUGAAAUCGCAUGCGGAUAUGUACAACACCCCCAGCCCCAAAGUUGAGAAGAGACGCGUGAAAGUGAGCGACGGUGAUACACACCGGGGAAUCGCACAGAUAGGCAAAAUGACCGCCACCCUGGCGGGACAGAACGCACAGCAAUUGGAAUUGCAGGAUCCUAAUGAUGAGGAAGAACCUCAGCUAACCAUCUGGGUGGCUGUGCUGACACUAGCCAUCUCCACGGUCCUAGUUGCGCUAUGUGCAGAGUAUAUGGUUGAUUCUAUCAAUGCGAUUACAGACCGUGGCCGUAUUUCAAAGACCUUCGUUGGAUUGAUCCUUCUUCCCAUUGUGGGCAAUGCGGCCGAACAUGCCACGGCCGUGACGGUGGCAUGUAAAGACAAGAUGGACUUGGCGAUUGGAGUGGCGGUGGGAUCUAGCAUGCAGAUCGCACUGCUGGUGCUUCCGCUUAUAAUUACCCUUUACUUUGACGCAUUCCAAGUGAUUCUGCUAUUCGUUGCCGUCCUGUUGGUAAACUACCUCAUCGCCGACGGAAAGUCCCAUUGGCUCGAAGGCAUCCUACUAAUGAUGAUGUACCUGAUCAUUGCCGUGGCAGCUUGGUAG